AGUCUUCGAUCAUCUGUUAGUGAAGGAGUUCAAGCCAUUGAAGACCGAUUGUCUAGACAGCAAGACAUACAAAGUAAAAAGAUUUGCAUCUUAAGAUUGAUCCAAGUUGUGAGAUCUGUUGAGAAAAUCGAAAAGAUUCUGCAUUCUCAAGCAUCCAAAGAAACAUCGUCUCUGGAAAUAAAUAGUCCUAACCUUGCUGGACAGAUUUUAGAAAGGAUUGCAACAGAAUUUAAUCAACUUCAGUUUCAUGCUGUUCAUAGUAAAGGCAUGCCACUUCUGGAUAAAAUGAGGCCAAGAAUAGCUAGCAUUACUGCUAUGCUUCAGCAAUCCCUGGAAGAACUACUUUUAAAAGGAUUGCAAACAGCAAAUGUGGAUAUUGUGCGACACUGUUUACGAACAUAUGCAACAAUUGAUAAAACACGUGAUGCAGAGGCUCUAGUUGGCCAAGUACUUGUCAAGCCUUAUGUAGAUGAGGUGGUAGUUGAACAAUAUGUUCAAUCCCACCCUAAUGGACUUCAAAUAAUGUAUGGAAGGCUGCUGGAGUUUGUUCCACAUCAUUGUCGUCUGCUUCGUGAAGUAACAAGUGGAGCAAUUGCAAG